AUGCCUGUCCCUCACUACGGCGUCUGGGUUGGUAAACCCACUAGGUAUACUGUUGAUGGACCGCACGAUCGCACUCCACACAUUCAGCUCUUCUUUACCGAUGACUCCUCGAGGGAGCGGAGGGCUGCAAUCAAUGUCAAAUCUCGUGGUAAAGAAUCUCGCCUUGUAUUUUGGUCUUCUGACAACUUCACCCCUUCCAUCACGGACAACCUCUCGAAGUUGGACCCCGGUUUUUAUUUAGUCCAGGAUGACUACCAUUAUCGUUACAGACACUAUCAUUCAGAACACCCCGAUCUACACGGUAUUGACCUUUAUCGCAUGACGGGCCUUCUGGAUUUCAGGUCUGCACUGGUCUUGCCAGACAAUAUUCCGGGCCGGGACAAUGAUAUCCUGGACAAGAUGAGGCCCAUUCUUGAUAAUGCUAUCGACAACUCCGCAACUAUUUUUAUUUUUGGUUCGUCAUUUGGAUCUGGAAUCCAUAAUGUUCAUAUGAACCAGGGCAGUCUUCCUCAGUUUGAUAACGGCGUCUACUCGGAUGGAGCUCUACUAUUCAAGUUCGACGACGAACACUGGGAAGCAGUGUUUCUGGCCUUUGCUUCGCAGAGGCUCCCAACUGACGAUGAAGGAAAGCCGGAGCGGGACAGUGAGACCUUAUUGGAAAUGCUUGAGUAG